AGCAAGACCAGAAACGCGGGGCAACAUGGUGUCGAUCCGGAACGCGACGGCGGACGACCUGCUGCAGGUGCAGAACUCCAACCUCUGGUGCCUGCCCGAGAACUACCAGAUGAAGUACUACUACUACCACAUCAUGACGUGGCCUCAGCUGCUCUACGUGGCUGAGGAGCGCGGCGGCAAGAUCGUCGGCUACGUCCUGGCCAAGAUGGAGGAGGAGGCGUCGGUGCCGCACGGCCACAUCACGUCGCUGGCGGUGCUGCGCACGCACCGCAAGUGCGGCCUGGCCACCAAGCUCAUGCAGGCUGCCCAGCGCGCCAUGGUGGAGAGCUUUGGCGCCGAGUACGUGUCGCUCCACGUGCGUGAGGGCAACGUGGCGGCUAUCCACCUGUACCGCAAGACGCUCAAGUACCAGGUUUACGACAUUGAGAAGGGAUACUACGCCGACGGAGAGGACGCCUACGACAUGCGCAUGCCGUUCACGGAGAAGUGCAACCAGGCGUUCGCUUCGCAGGUCAACCGCUUCAAGAAGGUGCUGGCGGAGAAGGAUGGCGAGAAGGAGGCCAAGGCUCUCAAGGAGGCUUCUGCUUAA